CGUACUGCGUUAGUGCGUGUGUUGGUCGUGAGCUGUUGAUGUCUUGUGUUGGCCUCUGGCGGCAGCGACGUCAACAGCAGAAGCAGCAGCAGUCCGUCGAACAACGACUACACAUAUUCCGUGCAGUCUGUCUCUCGCAGCAGCAAAUGCGUGUAUAGCAGAAGGAGUAAAUAGUGAGAGAGUCAAACGUAGUUCCGUCGUGCCGUUGCGUUCGGUGGUGGACUGAGCUGAGCGGAGCGAACGGGCAGACGCACAUACGAUCGGCCAUACACAUCAUAGUGGAAUGCCCUUGCUGUGAUGGUACAUUGUCAUGCCAUGCUGUUGUAGUACUAUGUGUGAGUGCUGAGUACUCUAGUUGUCAGCCUACUACUAGUCGGGAACAAUCAUGGAGGCAAAUGAUGUGUGCUGAGUAAACGAGCGAGCCAGUGAUCGACAAACCAACACUGACAAGCAAUACGAGGCUGUACUUUACCCAGUACACUCUCCAACGACCGCUGCUUGUCUGUGGGGGUAUUUCGCCUUUGGCUAACGACAGUGUUUUGUUACAGAAGCCGUAGGAGCGAGCAGUGCUUCUGCCGCAUCUGUGGAAGCAGAUAGUUGCGUUUCCAACGGCAAAGACAGUGGUAUAAUUUAGCCAGUCAGAUUAGCCGCUAGCAUCACAGUGUUUGAGGUGUCCGGAGGAAAAGGUCUUUGUUUGGGGUGAUGUCAGUAAGCGACGGACAAGCGACAUCCAGAAGCGCCGCUAAGAUAUACACACUGUGGUAGCCACUGUCGUCAUCGUUCCUAAGGAAACAAAGAGAGCGUCGUCGAGAACGAAUACUUUUACGCCAACCGGAACAGGUUCGUUCAAAACAAAUGUUUCAGAACAAUAAAAGCAGCAAUGACAGAAACAACAGCAGCCGAUUAUUAAAUUCAGUCAAUUGGCCGACGGAUAACGUAUAAAGAACUUAAUGAGAGAUCUGCCUGCGUUAAAAUGUUCCUUUGAAGUUCAAGACAAAAAUUACGACGUUUGUGGAUUUCGAGGCAGAGCACAAACAGAAAACGUAUUUCAAAGAGUUGCAUAUACUGCACGCAGAACUGCUAAGAGUAACUAGUCGUUGUCAGCAGUGCCAAAAAAUGAUCUGCCUUCCAGAGUUAAUAAGGCGACAAAAGUGAACCGGGAUACAUACAUCCUGUGAGUACGUGCAACUCAAAUAUGAGAUGUUUACAGUUACGAUGUGUAAUGUGAAUAGAUAAAACUUCGAUUGUUGCUUUUCGUUCUACCUCAGGAACAUGUCACGAAGUUAAUUCAAAAGUGAAGUGGGUACUCCAGCUAAGCAGGACAUACCUGUGAACAACAAUCGAAAGGAUAAACACAGUUAAAGACGCCUAAAUGUUAUUGUCCAUCAUUCGGUUUGCGAUUCGCAUCCACUAGCGUGCGUACCCUAUUCUAGCUAAUUCAUUGACAAUUAAUUAACAUCACGAAUUUACAUUCCUAUCCUUGGCGGAACGCGUUUUCCAUCAUUGUGUUGCUUCAUGUCGGAAGCAGUUGGUUUGGUGCAACUAUGAAAUCGGUCUCUCAGACGCACAUUAUUACCACGAAGUAAAUGGACAAGGAUACUGGUAUAAAAGAUGAUGUCCUUGUCGUGGAAAGGAGCAACGACGUCAUCUGUCGAUCGCUGCUAGAAGUCGAUAAAUUAGUUAACGACAGUGUAACCUUGCAUCAUUCCUAACCUUGUUACCAGCUCGACCAAGUGGCAGCGAGGACUAUUGGAACCAACGAUAUCAUCAAUAGUAAAACCCUCAAAAAAUUAACUGCAUUUGUCGUUGUGUCUCAGCUUUAUAUUUUGGUCGAUUAUUCGUUGUCUUUUCGCGUGUGGAAUCUGCUAGAGUGGUGAUGUUUAGUUGAAAAGACUAUUCUGUCAAUAGCAUCUCAGUUCUUCUUAGCGACGUUUGUUGUCGUGACGAUGAACGAUCGUAGUUAAACGUUGAAGCGACCACGAUUUUUCUGAGAAAGUGCGGUCAUUUCGAAGGCUCAUCGUUCGGAUCGGUCUCCAUUCGGUUCCGUGAUCUGCUGCUACCGCAAAAAAUAGUUGGUCUUCUGCUGUAGAAGUGUGUUCACAACGGCUGUCUUUGGGCUUCCGCUGCACGCGGCGAUCGUGAUCCAGGUCAGGAAUACAGCUUGUGGUGUCGUUGGACUUCACGAGUCGUGUCGAGCUUUAUAGUAGGGCUAGACAAGGAACACUAUUGGCGGUAACAGCAAAUAGCGUUGGCACUGUGCUAUCCUAUGCCGAAGGACGGUCUUGGAAGUUUGUCAGGGAUCAGUGGAGGAUUACACUGGCUUGAAGCAUUGCGUAACACGCCAAACAGCGACAAGUCAUACUUUGUAAAAUAAACUCAUAGAACUAUGCUGUCAUCUUGUAGUACCACUAAAUCGUGUUUAUUCGUUUGGCCAAAAAAGCUGACCGAUCUUUUAUCGAUAGCAUAGGAUAUAACACUACCGCCCAUAGUUUUUAGACCGCUCGGCUCGGGCUUAACAAAGCAACGAAAACCAUACAGAAUAACAGGCAGCAGGACGUGAAAAAGCAACUGUUAGUUCUUAGGCCACCGUCAAGGUCGUGCAACUUGAUUCAUCGAUUCGCUUUCAGUGCUUUUGUCAGCCGGCAAAAUGGGUGCAAGACGGGGUCCUUUUACUUAAGGUUGGCCUUGAAUAAUUUAACACGAGAAAUUCCGGAACAUCCUUUGAGGUGUCACGCACCACGAAAAGUCGUUAAAAAACUCGACGAAAUUAGGCCACGGCCUACGGUGACUGCCCAACUCUUCAGCUGACACCCACGACAGCCCACGGGAAACACCAGCUGUGGCUGCAGUACGUUUGGUGUAAUAGUGCGUAGUAAUAGAAAACAUGAAGAGAGGGGGCAUCAUUUGAUUAGUAUAAAAAGGUUUGAACCUCUUCGUUCCUGUAAGUUUUUAGUAAAAAGGUAUAGUAUUGAUGAAGGAAGUGAAUUUAAAUGAUUGUGAAUUUUGAAUCUUCAAAGGAAAGCUUUAUCUCACGAAGGGAUAUAUUUGCGCACGACGGCCUAACACGAAGAACGUAGGCUACGUUCACGUGCAGUGGAGGAAGAAACUACUUGGGCGUAAGCCCAGAACACGUCGUGCCCAACUGGAGUAGUCUAUUGCGCUGUGGCAAUAAACUAGGCCACGUAAAGAAGACCAAGGGGCGGCAUAUCUGAACGGUGAAGUGAGUGCUCCAGUGUUAGAGAACACGUGGUACAAGGGGCAACCGCACAUUUUGGAAGGUAACCUGGUCCACAUUAAUCAGCAACCACGGAGCACUACUUCCUUAUGAUUUUUGUAUUUUUGUUAUCUUUUCUCGUUUUGUUUGUUUCUUUCGUGACUUCUGGUUUCCGUAGAGUGCAGAUUGUGUGCGAUUUCAUCCACCUGGACGCCAUCACAUCAUCAACGACACAGUGAAGAGUGCCUCUCUUUUCAUCAGCGUGAGCUGCCUUCAGCAACUGCCAGCCCCAUCUUGCUACAUUCGUAACAUUUCCUGUGAUAAUCGCAAUCCCCUCCAGGCCCUGUUCGCCAUUCGAUCAGAACAACUGGAAAGAUUAAAGUCAAGGGUCUUCAAACCGAUAUUGCCGUAAAGCUGAUUUCCGUCAAAAUAGCUUCUCCGUAUCAACCUGCUACAGCUAGCGAUGCAGGCCUCGAUCCCCCUAAGUCGCGCGCAACCGUGAAGCUCCCUGAUCAGAAGACUUUUGCCCCCUGAAGGAGACGAGGUGACCUUCAAUAUCUUUCUUUAGGCUUCUGUUCGUACGCACAGAAGACCAACAGCACGAGAUCGCCCCUGCUUUGCGGGAAUUUUGUAGGUAGCGUUCGCCCGGCACGCUGCCCCCCUCGCCCCUUCUCCCCCGAGCACCUCCUUGGAACACAGGCCUAUCAACUGGCCGCGACUGCUAGUAAUACCGUUAGGUUUUUCGGCGAAAGCACAACCGCCUGUGUGACCCUGGUCCGUUAGUGCUUCGCUGAUGCUCCGUUUAGAGUGUGUUCGAACAACUUCUGCUUCUACUGGUACGGCUCUUCGUAGAAGCAUGUUUUGUACUGCCGUCGAAUCUGAAGAAUAGGGGAACGACCAAUCGGCUACAGCUUCUCCGUGCACGAGAAGAGGCCGGACCUCACAGGCACCUAGUGUUCUAGCCUCGCUCCACGAGCGCAGUGAAACAAGACAUAACAAAGCUGCAGAUAACUACAGGAAUCAUCAGUACGGCAUAACAAGUGCGUGUAAAAGUCAGUCAUGGGAAAUCAUCAGGGUUCUCAGAUGGGCAGAGCCGGGAGUGCGGCCGGUAGCGUCCAGCACAACGGAGGCACCACUGCAGACGAUCCCGAGCCGCUGCCGCAGCUAAAACGAGGGUUUAGCCUGAGACGAAGCAAGCGGCUCUCGAAACGAUUUCGGAGUCAUAAAAGUAUGGAGCGGAUUCGUCGAAGUUUCCGAGAUUCAUUUCGUCGUAAAAAGGACGUCGUGGAGACGUGUAGCCCCCAGCUGUGGGCCGCUGACGAGGUGGCCGUACGUCAAGGUGACUGUUCGUUUCACGUCAAGUAUCUCGGAGCCCUCGAAGUAUUCGAAUCCAGAGGUAUGACAGUAUGUGAGGAGGCAUUGAAGACGUUACGGCAUUCCAGAAAACGACCUGUAAAAGGAGUUCUGUACGUAACUGGCGAUGGACUUCGGGUGGUAGAUGACGAUACGAAAGAUCUCAUUCUCGACCAAACGAUCGAAAAGGUUUCCUUUUGCGCCCCCGAUAGAAACCACGAAAAAGGAUUUUCAUAUAUUUGCCGAGACGGCACAACCCGACGCUGGAUGUGCCAUGGAUUCCAGGCGUCUCGUGACUCUGGUGAGCGACUCUCACACGCUGUCGGAUGCGCGUUUGCCGUCUGUCUCGAGCGGAAGCAGCAACGCGACAAAGAAUCAAAAGAUGCCGCUUUACAAGUGGUCUCCCUUCAGCAGGGUCACCAGGGCCAGCCAGGCUAUCCACAAACCAAAAUUUCCCACGGUAGCAAUCAAGCCCAUACGAGCAACAGUAGCAGCCACAAUACGACAACGAGGGAAAAUAACAACUUUAGAAGGGCGGCUUCGAUGCGAUGCCCCUCUUCAGCCGUUAAAGCCCCCCUCGACCCACAGGGGUGCAAACCUUCACAAGUGCCACCGAUUAAGGCCAUUCACAAUCCAUACGCCAUCGAACGACCGCACGCGACUGCGUCGAUGCUCGAGCGACAGAACUCGUUCCGUGGCCUUGCCACGAUAGGCGCCCAGUCACCGUUCAAACGCCAACUGUCGCUCAGGAUCAACGACCUGCCGUCGAACCGGCAAAGACAGCGCUCAAUGAGCCUGGAUACCGAGGCCACCCAAGGGCUGGUGAGGGAAGCAGGUCAAGGCCUCGGCAGCCAGGCCAUUCCCGAAGGUUCGCCCCUGGGCAGCCAGCAGGUGUUGAGCGACGCACAGGGUGUGCCUGCAGCUAGCAACUCGUCCGCGUUGCAGGGGAUUAAUAACCCCUUAUCCGUGCUGUCCACAUCUCUUCCUCAGGGUAGCGGCGGGCCCUUGUCGCUGGGAUCGACAGGCGGAGUAGCUGAGUCUAGCUUCGAUAUCAAUAUUAUGUGUCAGCAGUUCUCUCAGGGGUUGGACCUGCUCACAGCCGACAGCGGCAAAAGCAACCCCUCUAGUUCGUUCAUCAAUUCAUUGUCAGAUCCCUUUGACACGACAACCAUUUCCAACGGAUGCAUAGGUGGCAUGAACUCACUGUCAGGACCUGUUGCUUUGACAGACAGUGAUCGCUUGUCCUCGUCUCCGGCACCCCUAGUCCCUUCAACAAAUCCUUGGGCGCAGGGCGUCCAAGACAUAACCACGACCAGCUCGUCGUUGACGUCAGCCGUCGUCACAACUUCGAGUUCGAGUCCGACUCCUGUUGGGAUCUUAGGUCCCGCCAGUUUGUUGCUAUCCCCGCCAGGUGACGCCAACCCGCCGCGUCUUGCUCAUCAGCGAGCAGGGCAGCUCGGUCAAUUGCGCAGUCAAAGUCUCAGCGACACCGGCCGAGCUCAGGGCGACUCCUUGCUGCACAACCCCAUCGCGUCCCGUUAUUCAUCAACGAACCCUUUCGUAACUGACCUGAUUCAGAAUAGUCACACAGGAAUUGAGAGUAGCCAUUGCUUGACAUCACAACGGAAUCGACCCAGCAACAGUAAUCACAACGGGAAUCACAGUGUCCUUGCAACUAGCACUGGAUCAGGGCACGGGUCACAGGUAUUCUACAGCGGGUCGAAAUAACCUGAACGCUAAAGACCAUAUCGUGAAAAGUUGGGAGUGCCUGGACCAUAAUGAGUAACCAGUGGCCCUCGAAAAGCGAUUGUACGUUCUACUGUUAAUGCAAUUGAAAUGGCAUAGUUAUUCUUACAUAAACAACAUAUUUUAAUAAAGAUAAAAGGACGAAUAUGAACAUUAAGUGAGAACUUAGAUGGAUAGCAAACUCCUCAACAUUGCAACCCUCCUGCUAGGCCAGAAUGUUCUAAUAGACCCCUAAUUAGCUAACACAAUGAUACUGCUAUUUCUUGAGGACGGAAACGGAAAACUAGAUCAUACAUAUGACCACUCAGGUGCAAGCUAGAGGCGUCUCUAAACACACUAUAACACGAGAUUAAUAACCCGCAACGAACAUAAUAUGUAACAGACGGAAAUCGUCAUAAACAAAGUAGUAGACAAUUGAAGAUUAGAGUAAAAAGCACAGAGGAUAUAUAUAUAUAUAUAUAUAUAUAUAUAUAUAUAUGCACGAAACAGGACAGAAAAUGUGAACGGUUAAGUUCUACUUCGUACGAAGAUGAACACCAGUGUACGGUCCAUGUAACCUAGUCUAUAGCAAAGGCAACGGUGAAAGGGAUCGUAAAAAAGAUUUGUUUAGUUUACAUGUUAAAAGUGGUAUAUACUUAAUAUUAUCAAUAAUUAUGAUAAAUACAAACAAUAAUGUCAAGAGCAUACAUACAUUUUAAAUGUAAG